AUGGCAAACCACCAGCCAAGUAUCACCAUUGAGUCAGGAUACCGCCCUGGAUUUCUGGCGAGAUGUCUAGAGAUGCACAUAGCAUACUACCAUCCCUUCAACUCAUGGGGUCUACAAUUCGAAACCGAGGUCGGAAAGGGCUGGGCUGACCUCCUCCAAAGACUCGAGUCCAACCCCCGUAACCAGGUCUUCGCGGCCGUUCAAUCCACACUCAACGAUGAUUCCGCAUCUUUCACCCAGAAGAUCGUAGGGACCAUCAUGGUUGACGCAGAGCACCUACAACAGCCGGGAACUGCGCAAAUCCGUGGCUUCAUCGUGGAUGAGCGAGCGAGGGGUCUUGGUGCUGGAAGGCGUUUGCUUGCGGCUGCCAUGGAGUUUAUCCAAAAGCAGGGGUUUGAUAAGGUAACUCUUUUUACCUCGAGCACUCAGGAAGCUUCUUUGUAUCUUUACAAGAAGGCUGGGUUCGUCAUUGUGGAGGACAGUGAGAAGGAUCUAUGGGGGGUUACGAUGAAUGAGUUGCAGCUUGAUUGGAAGCGACCAGUUGCAACCGGUCAAACCGAUUGUGUGCAGAAUGGUAUUGUGGAAGUACAGGAAGCAGAACAAGGACCAGAAUAG